UAAUUGUAUGCACACCAAGCAAAUUAGGUCAUUAUAUUAUGUACAAAUUUUAGUUUCCCUGAAGGUAUCCGGGGCUACUCGCCUUUUUUCGAAUGAGUAAAAGCAGAGGAUCCAGUUUAUUGCUUGUUGUCUUAAAGUUAUUUAAGAAAUAUGUUUUUUUUUGUGAUAUAAUGAAUCAGAUAGACCCUAUAUUUAUUAGUUGAAAGAGAAAUUUGAUUAAAAUUGAUUGAUUCUAUGUUUUUUUUGCAUUUUAUUCAAGUGUCCGGGGCUACCCGCCCUUCCCCUAUUUACAUACAUACAAGUUUUCCAUAAAAGACAUUAAUACUUGUUACGAAUUGGCAAUCGAAACAACGGAAAGAAAGCAAUAAUACAUUGCCAAGGAAAAAUUGUCUAAAAACGAAUGUGAAAUUGUAAUCGUUGGUUCCAGUGGAAUACAUAGAAUGAAAGGUUGGAACGGUGGGAGACGGUAAACUGGGUAUAUCUGACCAUGCACUUAAUCAAAUUGUUACAGUAACUACUAUGAGUACAACGCCUUUGAUCGUUUUAUAAAGUUUGCAAAUAAUAAAAUACAUACAUAAAAAAUACAUAGGUACUUGCAGUUGUCAGUGAUUAUUAUUAUUAUUAAAUGAUGAUUUGUGAACGUUUACCAUUUGUGUUACUUCUAAGUGGAUUGGUGGCAGGAUUAAAAUUGAAUGAAAAACCGGGGAAAUUUGAAAACGUAGAUCGGUUAAAGGUGAAUACUAACAUUUUGAGCUUAUCGAAUAUUACCGAGGAUCCUGAUAAUCGAUCGAUGUCAUUCCUAUAUGACUUAAAUGUUUGGAACCCCUACACAAUGGCAAAAUUUUGGGAUAUCGAGGCUCGAAAAUUCUUAAACGUUUCAGCGAAUUGUGAAAAGGACAUGACAGAAUACUUGACAGCUCUACUGGCAAAAGAAGAAUGGGCAUUAAAAAUGAUCGAUGCAACCGGAAGAUACACGUGGGGUUUGUUAUCCGGCAAUGUGUACUGGUUAGGAGCUGUGGACCAAUGUCGUGAAAUGGAGAUGAAAUUCAUCGAAUGGCAAAAGAGCAAAACGAUUGAACGCGAAAGUAAUCUACCACCAUUUUUAGUCAGCAUGUCAUCCGUUACCUUCAACCUACACGUACUAAGUUCUAAGCUUAACGAGACUUACAAAAUCAUUUUUGGACUAUGCUUACCCGAUAUUUGUGACACAAAGGACACUGAAAAGCUGUUAUACUUUGCUCAAGAUCCAUCGAGAAGUAAUUCAUCCAUGAAAAUUGUGAUUGAAAAUGUUAGGAACCUCUCGAAAGGAUACACGGUUUGGGACGACAGCGUAUUCUAUGCUUUAUUAGUGACAUUCAUCAUAGUGGGCGUGUUGGUGAUCCUGGCUACUUUCUACGACAUUUAUCUGAGAUAUCAAGUAUUAUACGCCGAAAAAACAAACCAAAACAUGAGAAACAUUAUGACGGAAAUGAAAAGUAUGAACAUUAAUGAAACUACUACAGUCGAAGAAAUUACGAUCGCGAAAUUAUGGUCGGUCAAGAAACAUAAUGGAACGUUGGAUAUAUAUGAUUCAGAUAGCGUACCGAAACCACUCUCGGAAGCACUGCUAUCUUUCAGCUUGCUGUUGAAUCUUUCAAAACUUUUUAGUUUCGAUGUCGGAACUGAUACUUUGGCACCUAUUCACGGAUUAAGAUUUUUAUCUAUAAUAUGGGUCAUUCUUGUUCACACUUGUUUAACCGUGAACGUACUUUCUGAGGGUAAAACGUUCAAAUCAAACGCGGAAAAUGAUUUCUUUUAUCAAACCAUCAGUAAUGGCACGUACGCUGUGGACACGUUUUUCUUUAUAAGUGGAUGUUUAGUAUCGUUUCUUUAUUUUCGUACGAUUACGAAAGAUGUUAUAAAAAAGAAGAAGGUGGUGAAGGGUAACAUUGGUCAACUCUUCCAGUUCUUAGGAAUGAUAUGGUAUAGAUACUUUCGGUUGACUCCGAUUUACCUUUUAGUAAUUGGUUUGAUCGAGGUGUUUAUGAGCUGGUAUUAUAAUCACACGAUGCUCGACAUAUACACACUCGAUUAUAAAAAUUGCAGAAAAUUCUGGUGGCGAAAUGUUUUAUACAUUAACACUUAUUUCGAUAUGGAUGAGCGAUGUAUCGUGUGGAGCUGGUAUUUAGCAAAUGAUACGCUAUUUUAUACCAUUGGGAUAAUUAUUCUUAUAAUUACUGUAAGACACUUUCGUACUGCCAGCAUCAUGACAAUAUCCAUUCUAAUUAUAUCUUGGAUUACCACAACGAUUAUCUCCUUAAACAUGAACCAUGUACCAAGUAUUCAGGAUCCAUUCGCGCAUUACGAGAGCCUGUACGACAAACCCUGGUCCAGAAUCGGACCGUAUCUGUUUGGAAUGCUAACAGGAUGGUACCUUUAUAAAUCUGACUGCAAAUUGUCAGUCAGUAAAACUAUGGCCUUAGUAUAUUGGAUUCUCUCUUUCAUCAUCAUGAUGAGUAUAGUGUAUGGAUUAUACGGAACCAUGUUUGGACCAUUUACGGCUGCUGUAUAUACCGCGUUAUCACAUUCUGGGUGGGCGAUUUCCAUAGCAUGGAUUUUAAUAGCUUGCGUCACUGGACACGGAGGUAUAGUUAAUAAAGUAUUAUCCUGGAAAGGUUUAUAUCCUCUCUCUAGGUUGACUUAUUGCGCCUAUUUGAUACAUCCUGCCAUCAUGCGAGCAGUUGUGUUACGGGGAGAAGCUUCAAUGCACUUAACGCAAGGGCUUAUGGCAAUACUAUUUUUUGGAUUCGUAAUCUCAACGUACGCAGUUUCAUUAUUCCUCAGCUUGUUCUUCGAAGCUCCCAUGGUGUCUUUACUAAGAAUAGUUCAUCCUUUGAGACAAUGGAAGACAACCAAGUAAUUCAACAACAUUAUGUAUGUAUGUUCGACAGAAACAAUCAACUUCUCACUGGUCUACUUUCUGAUUAACAACAUACACGAAAUAACUGAUUGCGAAACGGCACACAUUAUAUAAGAAACUUGGCAAAUAAGUAAAAAGUAAGAUUUACUUAUGCUCAAAACGUAGAAAAAUAACAAGCACUUCCUGAGCUCACAACAACUAUGUACAUACAUACAUGUUUUCACCAGAUUAUUAAAAAAAGCGAAUUGUAUUAAAAAUUUCGAAAGCAAUAUCCAGGAAAUUUACAAACCGGAGGAAGAAUUUCAAGGAAGACUAGUCGAGCAAUUAAAAAGCAGCCUAUACGUAUCAACGUAUACAUAUCUGUUUGUGUAUACAGUAUACAUACUUGUAUAAGUGGAUUAUUUAAACUUCUCGGUUCGUUUCCAGACACGAAUUACUUAAAAUACCAACAUUACCAUCCCAAGAUACUGUUUAAAAUAUUCUGUUGAGAGUCGUUGUCAUUUGCUAUGAACAGAUUUAAAUCUAUAUGAGAGCCGGUGGCAUCGUCACCUUGAAUUAUCCUUACCAUAAACGAUAUUUCAGGAAAAUGUGCAAGCAGAGAGACAGAUAAACAAGAAGAGAUACGGUAUCCGAAGGUGAAAAAUUUUGUAACAAAAAAUUGAUGAUUGAUGAAACAUGGAAAUCAUUCUACAAGAAAGGUCAACCAUCGGCCAAAGCCAAUUUUGGACCUUCGCUUCGUUUCGUUUCGUUUCGUUUAAUUUGAACGAUAAACCUAUGUAUUUGUUACUUUCAAACAUCCUACUGAUAGAAAAGUUGUUUUUUCGGAGAAGAAGAAGAAGAAGAAGAUACGAAAUUUAAUUUACUUUGACCAGAUAUUGAAUUAUUAUAAAAUACCAUAUCAACAAUGAUUUCAGGAUGAAAGAUUCUUCAGAAUGAUUUGGCAGAUUUCUAAAUGAACGCGUUCGAUAAAAGGUAAUCGUUACAUGAUGAAACUUCAAAGUAACGAUGAUUUGCAGCUUUCUUUUAUUUCUUCUUAUUAACAAUUUGAUAGUGGCUGUCACGUAUUCGCAACAUAAGUUGCACAGAAGAAAAAGGAAAAGAAAAGGUAGAAGAAACAUUAAGAAUGCAAGAACUCAAGAAGAAAAGGAAGAAUAUGAUGUAGACUUUGAAUACGACAAUCUUUUCUUAUUCUUAUUCUUAUUAUUAUUCAAACCUGAACGGUGAACUAAUUACCAUGACGAAAGAUAUUCAUCUUGGUUUGAACUUCAUAACACGUGGUGCGUGGCAAUACCGAAAAUAGUUAUCGAUUUCUUUCUAAUACUUUCACUGUUGAAUUCAUUGGUUGUGUUCUAAUUUUAAAUAAAGAUUUCGCUUUUAUAAUCGAUCGAUUCGAUUGAUCUAAUUAAAUAUGUCGAUCAUGUUUAGUAGAAUUAAACACGACGAAUUGUUAAAAGGACAUUUUUAUACCGAAAUUUAUUCUAGUCUAUGCUGUCUGUUGGGUAAUGAUCACAAAUCUAUUUUCAACUAGCGAAGAGCCAGAUCUACCAUUUCCAGCUUACUAUUUCUAAUUGCUCAUUCCUUUGCUAGGCAACAACGUGUCGAUAAAUAUUUACCAGAAUAUUUACUACGGUGAAAAAAAAAAAAAAAAAAAAAAAAGUAUUACGUUUUGUAAGUGCAUCGUAUUCAGUUUGCCAUUUGGACAUGCGCUUCGAAUACGAUUUACCGAUGCUUCUGUUACGGUUCACUUUAAUUAACUACUUACAAUUACGAUUACGAGAAAUUUCGUGGUGUUUCGACACCGGGGAUAGAUCGGUGUAAUAAUGGGUAGGAAAAGAGGAAAAAUGAGGAAAAUGAAAUUGAAUUUCAGCACGAGCGAGCAGUAAAUGACAGCGUUCGACAAAACACUGUUCUACUCUGUAGAAUGUAGAAAGAGAAACCAUCCUCCUCUAAUUGCAGGUAGAUGGUUUCACGGUGAAACUUUUAUUAUACGAUAGAUAUGGAAAAUAUCCUACUAACUCAUGCGAAACAUUGUCAAAAGCUACGUAACAUCAUUGCUGGUUACUAGUUAUUAAUUCGCUUUUUCUAGCAAUGUCUGUAUCUUAGAAUUAAGCAACAUCUAAAUAAGAAGCUCAUUAUUAUUGUAUCCAUUAAAUAUACGUGUAUGUAAAAUCAACGUUUGUUUUCUAUAAUAUCCAAAAGAAAGAGAAUAAAAGAGAAUAAAAGAGAAUAAAAGAGAAAAAGGUGAAAAUUAUUUU